AGGAACGGCCCCUUCCUGCCGUAUGUGAUGCAACGUGCUAUUUUAUUUUCCUUUAACACAAUAACUUACAGCAUUCGACUACGAAGGGAACAACGCAUCACUUCACUAAGGCGGUGUGCAAACCAGUCAUUUUCAAAAACGUUCUCUUACACUAUUCAUCAGGUGUGAGGCUCCUGCCAACGAAGAGGGAUUGAACUUCAAGAAUGGAUGAGCUGUGCCUGCUGAAGGUCUUUUCGCUCACGCAGGUUUAUUUUUGCCUGUUUUCCCUGGGAGCGACUAACGGAUUACCAACAGUGAACAUGCCUGAGCGCAAAAUGUGUAAUACCACGGAGUGUCAAGAAAGAGCGACAUUUCUCCUAGAUAUUCUUGAUAACAGCACUAAGCCAUGCGACGACUUCGACCAGUACAUUUGUGACAAAUGGAUACAAAAGCAUCCCAUUCCAGAAGACCAGAGUUCCUACGGAGUGUUUUCACAUCUGAGAGCGGAUCUUGAGAGAGAACUCAAAGAUAUACUUGGCAACGCGACGCUGUCUUUCCAGAAACCGGAAAUGACAAACAUAACGCACAAGAUACUGCGGGCGUACCAGUCCUGCACGAAUGAGAGUAUAUCGGUAGAUAAAAGCAUGGAGGCGCUACGAGAAAUAAUGAGCAAUGUGGGCAUCGCAAAAUGGCCCGUCUCAUAUACAGAUACCGACAUCCCUGAGUGGAAAGAGACGUUCACUAAACUCGUGCUCAAACUUGGUCUAACGCCAGUAGUCAACUUGUAUGUGUCACAGGACUUGGGAAAUGUUACCAACUAUGCGCUACAGAUGGACCAGCACGUUUUUGGAAUUGUUGGCCGGAACCAGUUUCUGAACCAGUCUAACCAGCACAACGGGAAAAUAAUCGAAGCAUAUAAACAGUAUAUCGUGAAUAUCACAACAAUCAUGACAAACGGCACCGCGGACCAGGAGGCUGCUCGGACUUUCGCUGACGAAAUAGUUGACUUCGAAGUUCAGAUUGCAAACAGAACCCGAUCGCAAGAAGCAAGGCGCAAUUAUAUUGCUAGGUACAAUAAAGUAACUGUGGGUGGACUGCAGAAAAAUCAUUCGGAGUUUCCAUUGCUGGAGAUCGUGAAGAAUAUUUUCAACAAUAUCAGCAUAAGUGUUGACGAAGAAGAACCCGUUAUUGUGUGGGAAACGGACUACUAUAAAUCAGUACUCGACUUCCUCGGCACGGUCAACAGGAGCACCCUGCACAACUACUUUGGCUUUCAAGUACUUUUAAAUCUUGGACAGCGUACAAGUGAGCGUUUCCGCAACCUGGAACAUGAGCUGCGGAACGCAGUCACAGGAGCCGCUAAGCCUAAAGAAAGAUGGGUGACGUGCAUCAACGAUCUUCAGAAAUAUGCUAGCUUUGCAUUGGGACGCAUCUACGUAGGCAAAAUGUUCACACCCGCGGCAAAGGAGGAGACGGAAACAUUUGUGAAGGAGUUAAAGAAAACAUUCCACGCGCUCAUAGAAGAAAAGGAAUGGAUGGACAAUGGGACGAAAGGCGAGGCUUUAAAGAAGGUGGACUCCAUGACACCCAAGAUUGGAUACGCAGAUUGGCUGAUGGAUGACUGCUACUUGGAAGAAAAGUACAAAUACGUAGAAAUGUUCGAGCCAGAUACACCGUACGUGAAAGUCAUCACUAACCUCUUCAAAAAUCUCGGUCUUACAAAGCUGGGAAAUCUACAUACUUCUUACAACAAGACAACUGAGUGGCUCACUGGCCCAGCUGUGGUAAAUGCUUUCUACCAUCCUGGGAACAACGAAAUUACGUUCCCGGCUGGGGUUCUUCAGCCACCAUUCUACAAGUACGGGUUACCGCUGUCACUGAACAUGGGAGGAAUAGGAGUAAUUAUUGGCCAUGAAGUCACCCACGCUUUUGAUGACAAGGGCAGUCAAUUCAACUCUAAAGGAGAGUUACUGAAUUGGUGGACCAAUGACACCAGAACGGCAUAUAAAGAUCUCAAACAGUGCUUGAUAGAGCAAUACGGAAGUAUAAAAGAGAGUCAGACAUGUCUUCCGCUGAACUCAUUAAACACACAAGGAGAAGACGUUUCAGAUAACGGAGGACUACUUGGAGCAUAUCUUGUAAGAUCUUCUUCGUUAAACGAGGCUACAUACAAAAGAGUCGCCAAUAACAGCGAAAAGUAUCCAGAUUUAGCUCUUCCUGGUCUCGAAAACUUUACUAGUGACCAAAUGUUUUUCAUCUCAAACGCCGCAGUAUUGUGUAACAGUAUGCGCACCCCUGCAAUGCGACACAGGAUACAGUACAUCCCACACACCCCUUCGAAAUAUAGGACUCAGGUACCUAUGAGUAACAUGCCUGCAUUUUCAGAAGCAUUUACAUGCGAAAACGGCACGACAAUGAAUCCAUACAAAAGAUGUAGAGUAUGGUGAAAUAAAGUUCUUGCUCACUGCGGCA